AUGCCCUCACUACCCACUUUACCAGUCAUUCUUGACGCCAUUCUCGCGCCAGCCCACCUGUUCGCGUAUUCAACCCUCCUCGGCACGCAGCUCUACCAAAGCUUCGUCAUGGUGAAAGUCGCAUAUCAAGCACUACCACCCGAAGCAUUCACCACGUUACAGAAGCGCGUUUUCCCGCUCUACUUCUUCUGUCAAUCGGCUCUGGUCGGUGUUACUGCAAUCACGUUCCCACACGGCCCGCUUGCUUUAAUCAAGAGCAAAGGAGACUGGAUACCCUUUGCUGUCGCUAUGGCUACGGCGGUUUUAAAUACGGUAGAGCAGAAGAUUGAUGGGAUUGUCGCCAGUCUUGUCAAAACAAGCACAACUGAUACAGGCCGAACCUCGACUUCCCCACCUGAGAGGCCACCUCGCACAACGAUUGGAACCCAUAAGCUUGCCGGAAGAGAUCGUCCCACAGCUCCUGGAAGUUGGUUGAUGUUCCCGGAGUCGUUCGAGGAACAAACAUCGCUGCCUGAUAUUCAUGAGCCAGUCGAGGCACCUCGUCCAGGCCUUGAAACGGAAGCCGAUGUAGAAGAGUCUGCUCAUGAUCGAGAUUUUGUCGAGCAAUUGCGUAACAUACAUGACUUCGGUGACAAAGACGCUAUCGACUCCAGACCUACUCUUCUAGUCCGUCCUCAACGAAAGUCAGAACCUCCCAUAAAUGACGAGCAGGUACAGAGUCUGCUGAGCAACGGCGAGGCAGAGAAUCUAUUGAGCGUCUACCGGUCGAUGUGCAUAACUUUUCCGUUUGUGCCUAUAGACGAUGUGCUCUCUGCUGCUCACUUACAUGCUACCAAGCCCAUGUUGUUCCUCGCCAUCAUCACAGUUGCCGCUUGGGACAAUCACAAGUUGCAGCGUCAUCUAGACAGGGUGUACCGAAAAGAAUUGGCGGAUCAUACAUACAUCCGCCCGCGGAGGACAAUGCAACUGUUGCAAAGUGUUCUUGUGUAUCUAUCGAGAUACCACUUCGUCUUCAGCCACAAGACUCAGCAGAUAUACUUUAUGCAAACAACAGCCAAUGGACUUGCGCUUGACCUUGAGCUGCACCAGAAGUCAACUCGACCACUUAUGGACUUCCCCGGACGACCGUCACCUUCGCCGUUGUCUGUAACGGAGCAACUAGAGCGACAACGAACAUUUCUCGGUUGUUAUUAUUUGUCGUCUCAGGUCGCUACAGGGAUGCAAAGACCCAACCUCCUCAAAUAUACAGAAUACAUGGGUCAAUGUAGCAAAGAUCUUCAAGAUCACCGCCAAUACCCAUCGGAUGCAAUCAUCGGGCAUCUUCUUGCAAUAAGACGUCUGGACGACCAGAUACAUGAAUGCUUCUUCACCGAGGAAACUGUUGCGCUCGAUAUCACAGAUCCUCGCAUCUCGAUGAACUUCCGGUUUUUGGAAAGCCAGCUGGAUCAAUGGAAGCGCGAGCGCUACAGUGACGAGUAUCAGAUCCUUUUUGAUCUUGCCUCUGCAUAUACUGAUAUGCAGCUACAUAGCAUAGCUCUUCGGGCUCCACAAACUUCGCAUCAAGGGUACAUGCCUGACUCGACGCGCCUGAACGCUCUACUCGCUACACUUGAAGCUUGCAAGCGCUUUUUCGACACGUUGCUGGCUUGCCCCCCGUCAAACUAUCAUAUCCUGGCUUUCUCAGAGUGGUUUCGCAUCCCAGUCGUUGUGAUGACACUGGCGCGCCUCUGCAUCCCUAGCGACACGCACACCGCAGCGCUAUGGGACGUGAAAGCGGCCCACGAACGAGGGCGUCUGGACCUUUACCUUGAAUCUCUCUGCUAUCGGAUGAAAGGACUGAGCACUUACAAGCGAACGCAAUCCUUCCACCACGAUUUCUACUGGGCGCUGGAAAUGAUCAUGGAUUUGACUAAGAGCUGGUUCGUAAACAAGAUCAGUGGUAAAAAGACGCCCUCCAAUGGGAUACCGACACCAGAUACUAUGCAGAGUCUCACUCAUGGGCUAAUGGCCGAUGGCUCUGGUGGUUCUUCGACGCAUGCGAUGCCUGAGACUGGAGGUUGCCCUUAUGCAGCGCUGGAUCAGGAUACAAGUAUGAACGGUGACAUCGCAAAUGAUCCCCUGGGUUUUAUGCGAGACGCAGACUUUGACAUGGACAAGUAA